UUUAGUGAUAGUACCUAUUUAGUAUUAGAUAAUUAUUUAAUUUUAAGGGUGAAAAGUCUAAUAAAACACAAUUCUCGAUCGCUAUCGAAAAAAGAGAGGUGCACUCGUGAGGAAGUUGAAAAAUUGAACAUUGCGUACACCAAUAAUCAAAAUAUCACAUCUGUUGAUGGCCAACGACGCCAAUUUCUUCUCCCACCAGUACCGACACCAGCUCAAGGCAUUGCUAGCGGUUCAUCUAAUAACCAUCGGGUACGGUGUCACGGUUGGAUGGACGGCCCCAAUCAUCCCACUUCUGCAGUCAGCCGACACACCCCUCCCGAGCGGUCCCAUCACGGUAGAGGAAGCGUCGUGGGUGGGAUCCUGUCUGUGCAUCGGUGGAAUGACGGGAACAAUCCUGUUUGCUCUGAUUCAUACGUAUUUCGGCAAGAAAGUGGGACUGCUGCUGCUUGCCGUUCCUCACCUCAUUCUGUGGACUCUUCUGAUGGUGGGUGACAGUGUCUACUACAUCUACGUUGCACGGGUCAUGUCCGGACUCACCGGGGGAGGAAUUUGCAGCAUCCUACCGCUGUUUGUGGCUGAUAUUGCGGACAGAAAAAUCCGAGGAACGCUCGGUUCGUUAACGAUUCUGCACAUAAACUUUGGCCUGCUGGCAUCGUACAUCGCUGGGAACUACCUAUCGUACUACACGAUACCGAAAGUUAUGCUUUGCCUGCCGGUCGCCUUUCUCGGGCUGGUUUGUUUACUGCCGGAGACGCCAUAUUGUUUGCUGCGGAAGGGAAAAACAGACGAGGCGGAAAAAUCAUUGAUGUUCUAUCGGAACAUUCCGGACGCGUCACGCAAGACGCUUGUUUUCGAAUAUGAGUUCGAAAGCUUGAAGGCAUUCACCAUGGCCGAAAAGAGCAAACAAAGCUUAACUUUUGCCGAUUUCACGACACCGGCCGCAAUUCGUGGUCUUUCCAUUGGCCUAUUUGUUGUGGCACUGAAUCAAUUCAGUGGCAUCUUUGCCAUACUAACCUACGCCGGAACCAUUCUACAGGCAUCGGGAUCGUCCGUUGAAUCCAAGUACGUGUUAAUUCUGCUAGCUCUGAUAAACAUCUGCGGCAACCUGACCUCGUUUGCAAUCAUCGAUAAAGCCGGUCGCAAGAUCUUCUUGCUGAUUUCGACUGUAGGUGUCGGAGUGUCCCUCGGUCUUAUGGGACUGCAUUCAUACUUUUCCGAUUCGAGCGACUACUCCUGGGUACCGGUACUAUGUCUGACUUCUACAAUCUACGCAGCAGCACUCGGCAUCACGAACGUGCCAUUUUUCAUUUUGCCGGAAAUCUUGCCCCCCAAGCUCCGUAGCAUCGGCAGUACCAUCAGCAUGGUUUCACUCUGCUUUUUUGCUUUCAUUAUGGUGAAGGCAUUUCCGAUUCUAUUGGAAAACAUACAAAUCCAUGGCACAGUUUGGAUUUCGACCGCAGUGUGUAUAGUUGCCGUACUGAUUAUAGUGUUUUUGGUUCCGGAGACGAAAGGGAAGAAUCUGGUUCUAGAAGAGGAAAAUAACUCAAGCAAGUCCAGGGUGGAUGUAUUUUAUGAAAGCGCACCGAAAAUGGUUCAUCGUUCGGCAGUGGCGGGAAAUAUUUCAUUAAAAUCGGUGUGUAAUCAGUUCCUCGGGGCAAUUGCUGUUAACAUCAUCACGCUCGGUCAUGGUGCGGUUAUCGGUUGGGUUUCACCGUUUUUGCCCUACCUGCAGUCCAACGAGACCCAUCUGACGUCCGGACCGGUGAACAUUGAGCAGGCCUCAUGGAUCGGGUCCACGCUUUGCAUCGGAGGAUUAAUCGGUGCCACAACGUUCGGUUUGCUGGCGGACCGAUUGGGUAAAAAGUUGGGCCUUCAGCUGGUCGCAAUUCCGCAGUUGGGAUUCUGGUUAUGCAUUCUCCUGGGUACAAAUGUCUACCAUCUGUACCUGGGCCGUAUCUUGGCCGGCUGUGGGGGCGGUGGUAUCCUACGGGCUAUCCCACUCUACAUUGCGGACAUUGCCGACUGCAGGCUGCGUGGGAUGUUGGGGUCCGUGCUAAUCAUCACCCUGAACCUUGGCAUUCUGGUAGGAUUUGUAUUGGGAAACUAUCUGACAUAUUUCACGGUACCGGCCGUAAUGUUGAGCGCUCCGGUAAUCUUCCUCGUUGCAACCUACUUCCUGCCGGAGACACCGUAUUGCCUACUGAAAAAGAACCAGAGCAACAAAGCAGAACGAUCCUUGAUGUUCUAUCGGGGAAUCGAGGGACACUUGCAGAAGUCGGUUGAGUUUUGCAAUGAACUCGAACAGUUGCAGAUGGCUGUUAGAGCUGAACAGGAAUCGCUGGAUAAAAACAGACUAACCUGGGGUGAUUUUUGUACUACACAAGCACGAAAAGGAUUAGGUAUUGGAAUUUUCCUGAUGCUUUUGAAUCAGUUCAGUGGAGCACUGGCAAUUAUCACUUAUACAGCAACAAUUUUUGAAGAAUCGGGGUCGGAUCUAUCCCCAAAAAUGUCAUCAAUUAUUGUCGCCUUGAUCCAACUGGUUGGAACCAUUAUAUCCUUUACUCUCGUCGAUAACUUGGGUCGUAAAAUAUUGUUACUCAUCUCAACGUCCGGAACUGCAGUGGGCCUGUUUUCCAUGGGUCUUUUCUCAUUCCUGCAACAGAACGGUUACGAUCUGAGUCAACUUCAGUCGCUGCCAAUCAUCAGUUUAUCGGUAACAAUUUUGCUUUCGUCGAUAGGCAUCCUUUCGUUACCAUUUGUUAUACUAGCCGAGGUUCUGCCUCAGAAAAUCAGAAACGUUGGCAGCACAAUUAGCAUCACAAUGGUAUCGACAAGUGCAUUUGUUGUGCUCAAGCUUUUUCCAGUCAUGAUGGAUCGAAUAAAACUAUUCGGAACGAUGUGGGUUUUGUCGUCGUUCUGUUUUCUGGCUAUAUUCUUCAUUAUGUUAGUGAUACCGGAAACCAAAGGCAAAAAUUUGGUCGCCACUGACAACCGUCAAUGAUAUGAAUAAACAAAGUAUAACAGUCCUCUAUUGAGCUUUUUUGUGCUUCUCCUCGGCAUAUAGCUGAUCACGUUAGAAAUAAUUCAGCUCAGACUGGUGCAAGUGCCUCAUGAACUUACCAUCAUGGCCAAUAAAACGUCCAACGAAACAUCGAAAGCAGCCAGUACGAAUCACAUAAAUUAUGUGCCACAAUUAACGAAGGAUGCCCAUUGGAUUGCUUUGACUUAAGAGUUAUGUGAGAAGCGUAAAAUUAUUUUAUCAUUCAAUUAGGAUAUAAAUAUUACCAGUGUGAGAUGAGAGAAAUAACAUUUUUAGGGGAAUUGUGGGAAAAACCGACACUGUGGGUAAAACCGACACCCCACAACAUUUCCUAGAAAUCAAAUUUUUAUUCAUUUCAUAAUGAUACAUUAUUAUUAGUACGUUCGUUUAGAGCAUUUGAAGAAAAAUUAGAUUUACGUUAGUACGCCGAAUGUCAUAAAAAUAAACAAAACAUACGACAGCAGCGUUCAUACUCGUCUGGAUGUUAAAUUUCGUUGGUAGAUUUUAAGGUUGUAAUCGAACAAAAGCUUUUCAAAUCACCACAUUUUUCAGUACCUGUUAUUAUCGGUCUGUCCUAUGAUCAACUAGGUGUAUUGAAGACGAGUUUGAGAAAUUCAAUAUUUUUAAUUGCUUUUAUAAAAACAUGUGCGCUGUUGGGGUAAAACCGACACCCUGUGGUUAGGGUAAAACCGACACGCUGUUAAGAUGGUUGUGUAUACUUGCGAUUCAUUUCAAAAUACUGGGGAUCUUUGUGAUACUUCAAUUAGCCUAUUAGAACACUAUAGUAUUAGCAGAAAUACACAGAAAUACUUUUAUUUUGUUUAUUUCUUGUAAGUCCCUUUGAAAAUCAAAAAUUGGAAUUUUUGCUUAUCUGAUUCUAUCGAAGCUUUUACUAUUUCUGCAAAAAGCUCAUCAAACCGAAUUUCUAGUGUUCUCUUGGUUUGUCAUAGACGAACUUUAUCACAAAGAAACAAUGAUCUUAUGUAUACCCCAAUAGAUCGUUGAUGAUCAGAGUCCGAAAAAUCAAAUCUAAAAAAGAUUUUACUAAGAAGUGUGUGUGUCACUUAUAAGUGAAUGAAUCCAAUUAGCAGAACGUAGAACGCUUGCAAAUCUUCUCUUACGAAAUAAAAUGACACUGGAGGUUGCAAUGAUGUGCGCAAGGAUUAUUUGGAAAUACUCAUAUCAAUAAAUAAUCCUAUAGCAUAAAAUACUCUUAUUUAUAGUACUACGCUUUCGAACUUUCUUCCCCUCACUACACG